UCUCUUAGAGACACCAACAGAUCAAAUCAUGACUCCAAACAUUAUUACCGAAGCUCAUUCCCACUCAAUCGCUACUCGAAUGACUGUAGCUCAGAGAAAAGAGGCACAUGAAUUGAGAAAGACUCUCAAGCCAUUGAUGGAAAAGAGAAGGCGGGCUCGCAUUAACGAGAGCCUCAAUCAUUUGAAAACACUAAUACUCCCUCUGGUCGGCAAAGACGCUUCACGUUAUUCAAAGCUGGAGAAAGCUGACAUUCUCGAAAUGACUGUCCGGUUCCUCAAAGAUCUGCCUUCCUCAUCAGCUAAAGGUCAAACAGACAGCUAUAAAGAGGGUUAUAAAGCCUGUUUGCAGCGCAUCUCUGUGAUGCUGCCUCAGUCUAACCUUGGAACAGAAACCUCUCAGCGCGUCAACGAGUUCAUUCAGCACUCGAUGGUGUCUGCGUCAUCGUCCUGCGAGAACUGCUGUGGUCAGAACUCCAGAAUGAUUUCCCAAAUGCACCAGAGACUUGUGAGCAUGAGGAACAACAGCUCUACGAUGGAGAACCACUCCACCGGUAACGCGUCAGCACCCAGCCAAGCUCAGCCUGCGCCACAGGCGGCUGUGGACAUGUGGAGACCGUGGUGACCAGACACGCGACUGGAGGCUUCAUAAACUUUGUAUAUUAUUUAUUUGUCGUAAUAAGCUUGAAAAAUGUAAACGCCUGUUAUUGAGAUUACAUGUAAGGAUUUUAAGUAUUUAUUACCUAAAAUAUGGCUACUUUGUAAAUAAAAGAGAGCCAGCGAGCACAGAUCAUAUUCUAUGAGCAUAACGUUAUGCAAUCCUCGUUGGGGUUUAAAUAUUAUGCGUUGUAAACAACAAAAUUGUAAACCCCAAGGGUUAAAAUGUAUUUAUGAGGUUUGCACGAUUGACUUUAUUUCGUUUCUGUGCAAAGAAGUUGUAAACACUGUGUGUUAAUUACUAUUGGCAAAAUGAAUGUCGCUGAAGGAAACAUGAUCACGAAAAUGUUAAGCAUUGUGAAGCAA